AGUUAUUCUAUUAUUUAUAGAAUUAGAUUGUCUUUAUCUUUAGUUAUUCUAUAAUAACUCUUUUCUACACAAAUUGCUAGACAAACCCUAUAGACUACUGCUUUAGUCUAUCUCGCCUUAGUACAGACCGAGCUUAGAGAAGUAUAGCCUAACCCCGUGUAACACCUGGGCACAUCUGAGUCCGCACACUGUUACUCAAAGAACUAACCCUCUCUCAUGGGGUCCCAAGAUCGGCGAACGAGUUGGAACGGGGGCUUACGGCCAGUACUUGCUUCACCAAACACUGCUACAGUCGCAGCCUGUCAAUUCCAAUCGACAUUCCCCUAGAAACAUACUCCACCAACCGGUUCAACAUCCGCUCUGAAUUCGCUGCGACUUUGCGUGAAGAGGCUCUGCACUAGCAUUGGUUGUCCUCCAGGCGUUCUGCUUAUGAGCACUUACAUUACAGGUGUUGUCGCCCAGGGUCAUGAGCCUGCCACCGAUUUAGAUUGGAGGCAGCGCGCGAUGGCGUACUUGACCGAUGGUAUCGCUCAAUACGCAUUCCUGGUACCGCCCUCGAUUGUUCUGGGUAUCGGUGGAAUACUAGCCGGGAAACUCAUGGGCAAGCAAGCAGAGUACGCCUUGGCGGGCUUUGGGUCGCUCAUGGCAAUUCUUUACAGUACCAUCCAUGUCGAUCCGAAGGAGGGAGCGACGGGAUCUGAUCAGUCUGUUCGUACUACAGUCGGCAUCCUGUACUUGGUGUUUAUGUGCAGCUACUGCAGAAGUGUCAUCCUCAUCCAUGGGAAAGACAAAGGUACCGUUGCCAUUGCGACGCUUCUAGGGUUGGCGAUCGGCUGUGGGUGCUUGACGAUCGGAGACUUGGGCACUUUCGUGGCGUCCUCAGGCCACUCGUCUGCAUACAUAAUGCCGCUGGUCUUGCCGUCGGGAUUCUUCAUAUGCGAUGUGAUUCUCCAUCUCCAUGAUGCAGAUCGCAAACGCAAAGGUCGGGACGCCGAACCCGCAGCACAUCAUGAACGAUUUGGAAGGCAUAGGUGGACUGGACUGGAUGGCGCCGUCUCUGAAGAUCUGAGAUUUCGUUUCGGGUUUCCCAACCCACCUCGUCAAGACGUUAGCGAUGAGGAAUACGAUAUGGGUGACAACGGUGGGGGCAGCGCUGCCCACCCGCCAAUGGCAAUACCCCAAAGCUCUAUACCCACUUCAGGAAACUGGAUUCUCCGCGUCUUCUCGAAGUCGAAAGCCUCUUAAGAAGCUCGGCAUUGUCAAAGAUAAUGUUCCAAGCGUAUUGGACAUGAUCGAACUAGCACUCGCUUUCAUUCGCUAAGGUCAUAUGACCGGCGUUUGGUGGCAGUGCGCAUGCAGCGUCGGCAGAUCCAAUGCCAUGUUGGUCUCGCAAAGUCUUGUAGGAUCGCAAUAUACGUAGUACCAAUCUAUGUGUUUUUUCUCUACCGUGGAUACGGAAGUCUUGUAGCUCCAGUUUCGAUACAAUCAAUCAAUCUACAUCAGUUCAGUAACCCAAAUGCCGACGAAUG